UCCAACAUUUGUUCAUGUAAAAUUCAGAUAAUGGGACCCUAUCGUGCAAAAAUUCCCGAGCAUCUCCGGGCACAAAUAGCUCACUUAGAACCCCUAAUCUCUUGUCCUCUUUUAAGAGAAUAUAGAAGUGGGAAAUACAAGGAAAUAGGAACAUAAAGAGAAAUGGACUUCAGCUUGGUCUCCUACAUCCCCUGUCCGGCGUCGGAGGAGCUCACCGGUGGAAUAUACCGCGAAUGCCUGAAGAACCACGCCGCCGCCAUGGGCGGUCAAGCCUUCGACGGCUGCGGAGAGUUCAUGCCUGGAUUCAAAGCCGAAACACUCAAGUGCGCGGUCUGUGGCUGCCACCGCAAUUUCCACCGGCGAGAAAUCUCUCCGGGCCAUUCUUCUUUUGUAAUCCAUUCUCCGGCGCCAGUCGCCUUCUUCCCCCCUCCUGAUCCCCCAUUCCACACCUUUUUACCGCCGGAAUCACCGGUGAGAAGGGAAUCAGAGACGCCGCCGAGAAGACAAGAGGGUUUCAUUCGAAAGCGAUAUCGCACCAAGUUCACGACAGAGCAGAAGGAGAAGAUGCGGAUCUUCGCGGAGAAGCUCGGAUGGCGGAUCCAGAAGCACGACUACGAGGCUCUCGAGAAGUUUUGUAUCCAGAUCGGCGUCAAGCGCCAUGUUCUCAAGGUUUGGAUGCACAAUCACAAGAAUAAUUUCUCAUCUCCUUCCGGCGGCGAACGCGACGCCAACUCGCCGCCGCCGCCGUUCAUCCGGGUCUGAUCCGAAUCCGGUGAUUCCCGGCGAUUCUGCAUAAUUCGCUUUCACGGCUAUAUCGUUAUUUCGUUAAUGAAGCUAGUUAGUAAGAUUCUGAUACGGAGACUUCCGGUUUAGACCGAUGUUUUCUGGGCCGGCAUUUGGAUGAAUCCCGCCGGUUUAGGUCCGGUUUAAUGUUAAUAUUUGUUUUUUCCUAGAAAUGUAUUAAUUAUUCUCUGAAUUGGAGCAGAUCAUGAUGCUGUGUAGGUUUGUGAUUAUAAUAAUUUAU